AUGUUUUUCAAACAAUCAGGCUACAAGCCCCGCACCCUCUCGACAUCCAGCCAAGGCUCUGCGGACCAACAACAAGAUGCCCUCAAAGAUGAGAAUAAGAAAUCCAGUCUCGAAAUCGCAGGGCCGGCCGUCAGUGCUGGUGCCGCGGGACGAAGAAGGUCCAGCGCCAACGCAGGUGCAUACGCAGGCUUGAACGGGCAUAAACGAUCUUCCCAGGACGAGCGCAAGACGAGCUGGAACGAGCAGAAGACGGCGCCGGGGAUUUUGGGGGGAAUGUGGAAUACUUUCACAAAGGGUAGCUGA